CUGAAACACUAAACAACAAAGCUCAACAGCUCUAGGCUAUAUUUCUUUGUCGUCCAGAACUUAUGGCAGAUUGUGAAGGUGAUGAAGCUAUAGAGUUAGGCUCGAAAACGUGGGAUCGAGUCAUAGAAUCAGCAUCAAAGACAGGAUACCGAGAAGGCAUAGAUGAAGGCUCGCAACAGGUCCUUCAAGCAGACUUUGACGUAGGGUACGAGGAUGGCUUCAAGACCUCCUUCAUCCUUGGAAAAUACAAAGCCCUCGCAGCUCUCAAUCCCCAAAAGAAUCCUCCCGAGAUUGAGAGAAUUUUGGAGGCCACACGAAGAGGAGAAUGCCACAUUUGUAGAUUAGAAUCUUCAGGAGAGAUAAACCAAUUGGAAUCUGCAGAGGCCAUCAAACAACAUAAGGGCCACGUGAUUGGAGUUAUUAAGAAAUUGAACGACUAUUUCGCCCCAUUACUUGAAGAAAAAAAUCUCAUAAUUCAGGAAUUGAAAUUAACUUGACAUUUUUGUAGAAUAAAACAAGAUUUUUGUGAUGGAA